AUGCACCGCUCAGCAGCACUAGCCCUCCUCCUCGCUCUGUCGGGCGUGGCGUCCGCCUCCCCCCUCGCUGUGGUCCGCCCCCGCCAGGCCGACUUCUCGGGGAACCAGCAGGACGGCCUCAGCGGCGAGUGCAAGUCGACGAUCGUCAUCUUCGCCCGCGGCACCACCGAGGGUGGCAAUGUCGGGACCAUCGCCGGCCCGCCCUUCUUCCAGGCGCUCGCGUCCCAGGUCGGCGGCAACCUAGCCGUUCAAGGCGUUGAGUACCCGGCCGACAUCCCGGGCUUCCUCGCAGGCGGCGACGCCUCCGGCUCCCAGAUGAUGGCCACCCUCACCGAGAAGGCCAUUACCAGCUGUCCCGGCUCGGCCGUCAUCAUGUCGGGCUACUCCCAGGGCGGUCAACUAGUGCACAACGGCGCCGCGAUGCUGCCGGCCGAAACGGUGGCCAAGGUCGCCGGCGUCGUCAUCUUUGGCGACCCUUUCAACGGCCAGCCCGUGCAGGGCGUCGACGCCACCAAGACCAAGAUCAUCUGCCACAACGGCGACAACAUCUGCGAAGGCGGCAACCAGAUCCGCCGCGCUCACCUAACGUACGGCAACGACGCCGGCGAGGCCGCCCAAUUCGCCGCUUCGAUGAAGCCGGCGGCCGCCCCCGCCGCCGCCUGA